AGAUCGCGUCGCGUGCGUCCAUGGCGUCGACGGGGGCGGACGUGAAUCGCGCGCCCUCGCCCGCGGGGAUGACGACUGCGAAGGACGAGGUCGAAGAGGCGCCACCGAUGGGAUGUUGCGCCAAAAUGGCCAAAGAAAUGAAGAAAUUGGGCCCCCAAUGGCGUAAGCGAGAGGUGUACGGCAAAGGGAAGGACGGUGUAAAGGUGGUCGUGCGAUUGAACCUGACGAUGUACGGCGGACAGGGAUGCUUCGGACCGCGUCAAAUGCUCCGGCGCGCGGACAUGACGAAGACGCCGCGCGCGCUCGAAGCCGUCGGAAUGUCUCCGGAAGAGUAUCACGACGUGUUCGUCGAGCAGCUCGACGCGAUCGAGAACGAACAUUUCCCCGAGGCUGGUUGUCGCGGGUGCAUCGCGCAGACUCCCAAUAUUGUGGGCUGCUUCUUCGGCAGCCUGCUCACCGUCGGCUGUUUGAUUCCCUUCUUCAUGAGAAAGGAAGGUGAGAAAUUUCCACUCAGGGAGCGGCGAUGCAAAGCGUUCGACGCGGCUCUUCGCGAGUGGCAAACCAACGCGAACGCGAGGUUUGAAAAGUAUCACGUGUACGUCAAGACGCAGUCGCACUCUUACUUGAGAUCAAACGGGGACAAGGCCCAACGCGUCUAUCAGCGCUGGAUCGUGAUCGCUCUGAACGAUGAGGACGCGGCGGCGUUGUCCACCGAGCCCCAUCUCUCCGGCCUCAUAGUCACCAAUGAACCGCCGUGCAACUGCGCGAGACAGUUCGUGGACGAAACGACCGGCUAUUGCACGCAUCCGUACCCGCAGAUUCGCGGCGACAUGUAAGGCGCCGUGUCACAUGUGCCAUACAUACGACGAGUCAUGACUCGUCAUCAAGACACCACACCAUCCACACCCGCACGACCCGCACGCUGUGUACAUAUAUCGUAACAAAUCUCAUAGUAUAUGGGGACCGGACUGGCGGGACGUGAUAUUUUUACCGUAUGGGUCACGACUCGUCGUUAUGGGGUACUCGUAUGAAAUAA